AUGCAAACACACCAAUUCACCACCGUUUUGACCCGAUCACAAGUGCAACAAUGUCUAACCUAUGAAGAUGCCAUGCUUGCUAAUAAGAAUUUAUUCAUUUCCGAUCUGAAUAAACAUUUAAUUCCAAUGCGAACUGUCAUGGAAAUUUCAAAUCAUGGACCAACUUUGUUCAUGCCAUGUUAUUUGAAAAUGUCAAGCCAUGAUGACGAUCAGCACCAUUUGGGAUUAAAAAUUGUAUCAGUGAGAAGUAAUAAUCCUGUUAAAUAUUCAUUAGAUUCUGUGAAUGGAACAAUUUCCUUGUUGAAUCAUGAAAAUGGGUCUCUAAUUUGUUUGAUGCAUGCCAAUGAUAUUACUGGAGUGAGAACUGCUUGUGGAAGUGCUCUUGCAGUUGAAAAAUUAUUAAACUCAUAUUCUGGAUUCAGUUCAACAGUUGAAAGAAUCUAUGAAAAUUUAGGAAUUAUGGGAUGUGGAACUCAGGGGAAAUGUCACAUGUUUGCCAUGCUCAGAAUUGCAAAGAAUGUUAAAAGAGUAAUCUUGUGGAACCAGACAGAAGAAAGAGGAAGAAAUUUAGUUAGAGAACUAGUGGAGAAUUUCAAAGCUUCAGAAGAUUUACCUUUCAAAUUUGUGGCAAGUGAAAGUUCUCAACCUUUGGAAGAUUCACAUUCGACAAGAAUUAUUGAAAUAUCUUUCAAUUCAAAUGCCAACCAAGUUUCUAACCAAUCAGAUAUUAUCUGUUGUUGUACCAAUUCUUCAAAGCCAUUCUUUGAAACAAAUCAAGUAAGAGAUGGUACAAUUAUUACAUGUAUCGGAUCUUAUAAGCCAUUCAUGCAAGAAGUUGAAAGCCAACUGGUUACCAAAAGCAAGGUAAUUGCUGAUUUGAAAGAGGCAGUAUUGGAAGAAUCAGGUGAUUUGAUAAUUCCACUGCAAGAAAACUUAAUUUCACACGAUCAUAUUCAAUGUGAAUUGAGUCAACUGAUACAAUUCACCUCAGAACAAGUGAAUGAAAAAUUCCAAAUUGGAAAGGAUAUUAUAAUUUAUAAGAGUGUAGGAUUUGCUGCUCAAGAUUUAGCAGUAGCUCACCAAAUUUAUCAACGAGCACUCUCUCUCAAAGUUGGUCUUUCCAUUAAUCUAAACGAAUAA